AUGUUUUACGAACUUAUGGCUAUUGCCAGAAUAUCGGACCCUCUCAAGUCGAAUAAGGAAGCGGUGAAGAUUGUUUCCACGGUGGGAAAGUUGAUUUUGGCCAACAGAGGGAUCAUCAGAUCAAUCACAAAUAUGGGAGCAAAGAACUUGCCUAAAAUACUUAAAAAGGAACAGGAAAAGCAUUUCCAGGGCCACUAUUUCAUGAUGGGUUUUGAUUGUUCCACCAAGGUGCAACAAGAAUUGUUAAGAACAUUAUUAAGAGAUCCAAGAAUCCUUCGUGCGAAUAUCAUGAGGAAUAAAACUGAAAAGAACUUGAACACUGGAGUAUCCUUCGAGAGAGCGUACAAGAGCACUCCCAGGGAAUAG